CUAACGGGUAAAUAUCUGACUAAUUAUGAAUUAUUUACAAACGGAGCAGAAAGGGUAGAAAUGCAAAUGUUUUUGGAUUGCAGAUUUAGGAAGGAUACAAGAUGAUCCAGGUUGAAGCUGGUCUCUAUAUCGGCUCUGUGUCAGAUCUGAAGGAUUGUGAAGCUCUGAUCCAGACUGGAAUUACUCACGUUCUUACUGUGGACUCUGAACAACCCACACUGACCGGACUUCACACCAAGUUCAUCCACGCACUGGAUGAUCCGUCCACAGAUUUACUCAGCAGACUGGACAGCUGUGUUCAGUUCAUCAGUGAAGCCCUGAGUUCAUCGCCGUCAUCUGUACUUGUUCACUGCCAUGCAGGUCGGAGUAGAAGUGCUGCGGUGGUCACUGCUUACUUAAUGAAAAAACACAAGCUGAACGUACAGGACGCCUAUAGCAAACUCCAGCAUGUCAAACCUGACGUUAAGAUGAUUGAUGAGUUUGUUGACCAGUUGGCGCUAUAUGAAGCGAUGAACUGUGAACUGGACACCAGCAGUCCGGUAUAUAAGCAGUUCAGGCUGAGGAAGGUUACUGAGAAAUACCCAGAGCUUCAGAAUCUUCCAGAAGACGUGUUCGCGGCAGAUCCGGCACAAACCCAGAACGCUGAGGCUGUGUACCGAUGCAGAAAGUGCAGACGUACGCUGUUCCGCCACUCGAGCGUCCUCGGUCACCGUGUGGGUGACGGAGCCUCUGCGUUCUUACAUAAGAGAGCCGGUGCAGGACCUGCUGCUGCAGAUCAGACCCAGUGCACGUCCUACUUCAUCGAACCUGUGCAGUGGAUGCAGGAAGCGCUACUCGGCGUCAUGGAUGGACAGCUCCUGUGUCCGAAGUGCAGCUCUAAACUGGGCUGCUUUAACUGGUACGGGGAGCAGUGUUCGUGUGGUCGCUGGGUCACGCCCGCCUUCCAGAUGCACAAGAACAGAGUGGACGAGAUCAAGCACGUCGACAUAUCGGCACUGCGAUAACGUCACGGACUCUUUAUCACCACAAAUAAAGAUUUAUUUUCUGUAAA